UGUCGAACAUGUUGAAGAAUAAAGCGGGUGGCAUUCUCAUAGUCAGAUGGAGUAACAGUAAGGCACAUGCACAGGAAGGAGUAACAGUAAGGCACAGGCAGCCGCAGGCAUUGCUGAAUGCGUUUCAAUAUGGAUGUGGGUGAAGUUAUCGUGCUUAUAUUGUGUGGAAGUAUUAUGUCUUCAGUUGCUCAGAAGCCAGAUUUUGUCAGUGUAGACUGUGGAGGUGAAGGUUAUUUCACUGAUAAUAUUACAGGGCUCCAGUGGAUUCCUGAUGGUGUAUUCAUAAGUAGUGGUAAAAUUGUCAAACUUAAUAUUUUAAAUGAAAAUCGGCGACAGUACCAGAGCUUAAGAUAUUUUCCAGCAGAUGAUAAGAAGUAUUGUUACACCUUGAGAACAAUAGAGAGGAUGCGGUACCUUGUUAGAGCAACAUUUCUCUAUAGCAAUUUUGAUAAUAGCAGUGCAUAUCCAAAGUUUAAACUCUAUCUUGAUACCACCAGCUGGGCAACAAUAACAAUUACAGAUCCAAGACAAUUAUAUGUUGAAGAAAUGAUUGUGAGGGCAUCUUCUUCUGCAAUCAGUGUAUGUGUUUUGGAUGCUUCAACGAGCAAUCCUUUCAUAUCCACCUUGGAGCUGCGUCCUCUGAAUGGUUCUAUGUAUGCAACAGAUUUUGAGGAGGAUUUCUUCCUGAAGGUUACUGCAAGGAUAAACUUUGGAGCUGGCAGUAGGGAACCCAUAAGAUAUCCUGAUGACCCUUAUGACCGUAUUUGGGACUCGGAUGCAAUUGAGCCAAACUAUCUUGUUGGUGUGGCACCUGGAACAGCGGUAGUUAGUACAACGAGGAACAUUUUUAGUAGCACACACGAGCAACCUCCAAACAAAGUGAUGCAAACUGCUGUUGUUGGCACUAGUGGCAGUCUUACUUAUCGACUAAAUCUUGAAGAUUUCCCAGCUAAUGCUCGGGCUUAUGCAUACCUUGCUGAGAUUGAGGAUUUAGGUCAAACUGAAACUCGAAAGUUUACUUUGCAGAAGCCAUAUGUGCCUGGUUACAGUACUAUAGUGCUUAACAUUGAGGAGAAUGUUGGCAGCUAUAGUCUUUAUGAGCCAAGCUAUAAAAAUAUUUCAUUACCAUUUGUUUUGUCAUUUGCUUUCAUUAAAACAAGAGAUUCUACACGUGGUCCAAUACUAAAUGCACUUGAGAUUGGCAGAUAUGUUAGAAGGGCUUCCAAAACAAGCAAUCGGGAUACUAUUGCACUGAUGAAAUUCAAGGCCAUGUCGCCAACAAGUGAUUGGGCAAAUGAAGGUGGAGAUCCUUGCCUUCCAAUUAAAUGGGAUUGGGUUGAAUGCAGCUCAGAUUUGCCGCCAAGAAUCACAAAACUUGUUUUGUCUGGAAAAAAAUUGACAGGUGAAGUCCCUUCAGAAGUAAAUGAAAUGAAAAGCCUAGUUGAACUGCGGCUAGAUAAUAAUUCCUUGACUGGAUAUUUUCCUGACUUAAGUGCUCUUGCCAAUUUGACAGUACUGCAUCUUGAAAACAACAAACUGCGAGGUCCAUUACCUGCAUUUCUUGCCAGUUUAUCAAGUUUGAAGGAAUUGUAUCUGCAGAACAAUCAGCUGAGAGGGAAAAUACCCAAGAAACUGAAAGAAAAGAAAAUCAUUUUCAGGUAUGAUGGAAAUAAUCUAACCCUUGGAGGUGCUGGAGGCAAGAAUGUAAAACUAAUCAUUGGAACUGCAGUGGCGGCGUUGGUUUUAUUUAUCCUCAUUGCUAUUUCAAUCUAUUUUAUUUUUGUCAACUACCAUAAUCAAUCAACACUACAAGGUGAUAAGAAAAGGACAGAAAUAGCGUCUUAUUUUACACUUGCAGAGCUAGAAACAGCAACUGAGUAUUUUUCAAGGAAAAUUGGACAAGGCAGCUUUGGACCUGUAUACUACGGUAAAGCAAAAGAUGGAAAGGAAAUCGCUGUUAAGAUCCUGGAAAGUAAAUCUACUCAUGGAACAAAUCAAUUUGUUAACGAAGUUGCAUUGCUAUCAAGGAUACAUCACAGGAAUUUAGUUCCCUUGGUUGGAUAUUGUGAAGAUCGAGGCCAGAGUAUUUUGGUUUAUGAAUAUAUGCACAAUGGGACAUUGCGAGAUCAGUUGCACGGCUCUAGCAGUGAAAGAAAAGCACUAGACUGGAGUACUCGACUGCUAAUUGCAUAUGAUGCAGCAAAAGGAAUUGAAUAUCUCCACAAUGGCUGUAACCCAAGCAUCAUUCAUAGAGACAUUAAGAGUAGUAACAUACUUCUUGAUAUCAACAUGAGGGCAAGGGUGUCAGACUUUGGGCUAUCUAUACUUGUUGAUGAAGAGAGGACUCAUGUAUCAAGUGCUGUCCGUGGAACUGUGGGCUAUCUGGAUCCUGAGUAUCAUGCAACUCAACAGCUGACAGAAAAGAGUGAUGUUUAUAGUUUUGGAGUGCUUCUACUGGAACUGGUUUCAGGGCGAAAGCCUGUCUCUGCUCAAGAAUAUGGUGCUGACUGGAACAUAGUUCAUUGGGCAAGAUCCUUGAUUCGGAAAGGAGACAUCCAUGCCAUUAUUGAUCCGGCUCUUGGAAGCAAUUUCAAUGUAGAGUCUGUAUGGCAGAUUGUAGAAGCUGCAAUCCUUAGUGUUGAACCAUCUGGAGCUGCCCGACCACAGAUGCAAGACAUAGUUCAAACAAUAAAGGAAGCCAUUGAAAUUGAGAAAGGAAAUGAAACCGCACAAGGGCAUUCGGAACCAGUGACACAAAGUUCAUCACAAAUAUCUGUUAGACCUCGCAAUAAUUUACCCGGUGAUUUCUCAUCAUCUUUUUCUGCGCGACACCUCUUGCCAACUGUGAGAUAAGGGGGCUACCUUCCUUCUCUACUAGUGAUAUUUUACUGUUGACAUUUGCUACCAAAAAAUUUGGUAAUGCCAUAUUUUGAGUUCUUGUCCAGUAAUACCUUAAGAAAGUCACAUCUUAUACUCUAUAUUCAUUUUCAUUUUUCAAUUAUUUAAUAGAACUUAUAUUAUAUGAUCGGACAAUGAUACUUAAUAUACUCAUGUACAUUUGCUA